CCUGUUGGUAGACGUCAAGAGAUAUGUAGUUAAAUAGAAGCUUCCGUUUGUCUCCUUCUGCAACAUUGGCGGCGGCUUUUCAAAAUUCUUGAACCAAUGCUCCCAUGUUUCCCGGCAGAAGUUGAGUUGGGGUCUAUAUCGAAUCGUUUUGGUCUGAGUAGUCUUUCCAUUUCGCUCAGUGUCCGAUUGUGAGUUGAGUAAAUUGAAAUGAAUUAAAUUAUACCUUCAACGUAAGGUUUUAUUCAACUGAUAAAAUACAAAAACCUAAUUUUAAUAAGUUUUAAUAACAUAUGUUAAUUUAAAUUCUAACAGUUAGAAGAAUAAUUAUGCGGUUUUUAAUAGUAACGAUUGUCAUGUAACAACACAUCGUCUUAACAUAAAACAAUUCUAAAACAUGCCUAUGCUAAUCACUUUUUUUUAAUAUGAAAUAUUUAUAAACAAAUAUUAAAAAGUAAAACACUAUUAUAUAACCUAAGUACAGUAAAUAAAAAGUACUUCUUGUACCGUAUGUAACCACUCCCAAAGAAAGCAAAAAGUGGGGAGGUAGGCUAUAUUAGGUUUUCUUAUCUCUUGUAAUGCUGACACGUCUUUGUUUUGUACCUGAGUGAAACACAAACUGUUACCAAUGUCACUAGGAUAUGAAUUACAUGCUGUAGAGAGCUUGAAUGCCAGUGGUUAUGAUGCUAUACUACUAAUUUCCCAUAAUGGAAGUUUGGAUGAGACAAUACCUCAGCAACUCAGAGAUGUUGUUAAGGAAGCUGCAGCUCUGGAUGCACAUCUGGAGGAGGAAAUAAGUGUUAUUAAGAUAAACCUACCAGCUAAAAGAUUAAUUUAUUCUCCAACUGGGCCUAUCAAUUCAGAAUAUCAUGAUGUAAGAUCCUUUGGGGAAGCUGCUCGAAAGGGAAUCAUCAGAGCUGUUAAAGCGGGUGUGAAAUCUCCACUUUUAGUCCUGGGAAAAUAUUCAGCUUUCCCGCAAGCUCAGCUUGUUUCCCUACUUGGAGUCAUGGAAGGACUUUAUAUGAAUCUUCAACUCCGUGAGGAUUGUCCGAGCAAGUUUCCAAAAGUUAGAAGUGUUGGUGUCCUUGGCUCUGUUCCGAGUAUUUCACGACUUCUAACUGUAGCUUCAGCUCUUGAGAGUGGAAGAUUAGUAGCAAGAGAUAUUGGUGCAGCCGAUCCAGAGAGAAUGACUCCUAAGAAAGCUGAAGAUUAUUUGAGGGAAGCAUUCCCAGGUGGAGGAAAUGUGAAAAUGGAAGUAAUUUCUGAUGAAUCUACCAUGAAGGCAGAAUAUCCGCUGUUUGCUGCUGUUAAUAGGGCUGCUUCUGUGAUUGACCGCCAUAAGGGAAGAAUUGUAUACCUCACUUACGAAGGAUCAAAUGUCACUGAUACGCUGUUAAUUGUUGGAAAAGGAGUCACCUUCGAUUCAGGUGGUGCUGAUGUGAAGGUUGGAGGUAACAUGAUUGGGAUGUCGAAGGAUAAGUGUGGUGCUGCGUCAGUAGCUGGCUUUAUGAAGCUAAAAGAGUUGGCCCCUAAGCUCGUCAAUCCCCAUCUGUUUACUGUUGCCACCCUAACUGGCCAUGCGUUCAGGACUGUCGGACCUGGUUAUACUAUUAUUUUGGACAAUGGUCCUGCAAGGAUGAAGUCAUUCUCAUUCCAUCUACAGAAAUCAGGAGAAUUAACUGGAGAUAUGUUUGAAGUUAGUACCAUUAGGAGAGAAGAUUAUGAAGCGUAUAAAGGUAAAGUUGAAGGAGAAGAUGUUUUGCAAGCUGAGCACUUGCCGUUCGCACAAAGCAAAAGGGGCCACCAGGGACCCGCCGCCUUCCUUGUUCUUGCUUCAGGACUUGAUAAGCAUGCUCUAGGCACUGAAAUACCCCUGAAAUUCACUCAUGUUGACGUCGCAGCUUCAUCGGGUAUUUUUGGAGCCGAAAUUGCUACUGGUGCUCCUAUCAUCGGCUUCGCUACACACUUUUUAAACCUCAAAGACAAAGAUUUUUAAUUAAUGUCAAUACUGAGAAAUUGGAAACAAAAACUAAUUUCUUCUAUGAUUACCAUUAUUUUUUAACUCUGAUUACCAUGUUAUAAUUUAAACAAAUGUUACUAAAAGUUUAUGUUUAUACAUAUACAUGUAUAUAAAACAGUUUUCUUUUGAUAUAUAUAUAUUUUUUUUUUUAGUUUUAUUUUUAAACUAAAUACAUACUUGAUGUUCUUAACUUUUUAAA